UGAAGAUGAGUGGAGUUCAGCCGAGUCUGUUCUUCGUGUCUCUGCCUGAUCUGAAGUCUCUGUGCUGUGUCACUCUGAAGCUGCAGGACGACUACGAAGAGCCACGAACCAAACAGAUCACAACAUGCAGGGAGUUGGUUCUUCUUUUCUCCGAUGUUUUGGCAGCUCCAGCCUUAGACUCCUUCACAGAGAUCACUGCAGUUAUGGCUAUCCAGUUCUUUCGCUCUGGACUUCUUCAGGGCUUCGUCCAGAGACACUGUCUUCAGAUGAUUCGUGUGGAGCCGGUUUUUCCCGGGACUCUUCAGGUCUGUGUCUCCUUCUCCCUCGUCUCCAGACUCGCCCCAAACUGGAACAAGGCCGGACUCUACCUGAUCAACGGGAGGGACUUCCUGUUGGAGACGGGGAGGCUCACAGCCGUCAGUUUGGAGUUGAGCAGCAGUGAAGGAAAACUGUGCAUGAGUGUGCAGCCGAGCGCCAUCAGACUGCUCCCGACCACCCUGGAGGACUUUGGUUUGUCUCCUGUGGUUCUGAGGAGGUUCUGUUCUGACCCGGACUCAGUGUUAGAUCCAUAUCAGACAGGAGGACCCGUCUGGUGCCACGUACUGCCCAGUCUGAAGAAAGGCCAGAUCAUCACCAUCAGCCGAAAACUGCCCACAGACGGACCGUUUAAAUCCUACAGAGAGCUGCAGAUCCACUGGGACAGACUGUACGGAUACAGACUCCCAGACCAAGAGGAGGAGCAGCUCGUCUACUGCAGCGUCUACUUCAAACUCGUGGGACCAAAUCUGUUCACGUAUCCUCUGUGCUGUAUCCGCUUGUCUCCGGUGCAGCGUUGUCCUCGUGUGGACCAGCAGGGGGCGCUCUCCUGUUUCAUGGACGACGUCACACAAACGUUUCCUGCUGUUUGUGGUUUUCCAACAAAAAUCUCAACGAAAUCGACUUUCACCACCACAACACUCAACCCUGCAUCCAGACUGACUUCGAGUCCUUUAAACCUGAGUGACUUGUCGUGCUCCAGGUCGGUUCUGUCUCAUCUGCCUCCUCCUCCUCGUCCUGGUCCUCCUCCUCCUGGUCCUCCUCUUGGUCCUGGUCCUCCUCCUCCUGGUCCUCCUCUUGGUCCUGGUCCCGGUCCUUCGUCUCUUUCCCGCUCGGUGAAGCUCUUCUUCGGGUGUCAGCCUGCUCCAGCUCCCCCUCUGUCCUUCAGCUCUGGUUUUUUCUCCUCUCAGCGUUCCAGCUCCAGUCUCGCUCCAGACUUCUCCGACGUUUUCAAACCAUCAUCGUCCAUCAACACGUUUUUCACAGUUUUCGAGGCCAGUUCUUCCUUUCCUCCUCCUCCUCCUCCUCCUCCACCUCCGCCGUUCCUGCUGGAAAAAGCCAAAUUUGUGCCGAUUUUUAGGAGCAAACCCCCGUCUCAGCUCGUCAACGUGGCUCUGCUCAAGGCCAAGAAGCAGAACGUAGAAAGACUCACGCUCCCGCCCGCUCUGAACUCCCACAGGUCCACCCACGCGCCCGCCGUCCCGCCCGCCGUCCCGUCCAGGGUCCCGACGGGCGCGCAGACGUCCCUGAACGUGAAGCGCAUCCCCACGUUCAGCCCCAAAACACGGAUGAGACCGGCGCUCAUCGUGAUUCCGGACGAGAAGGAGGAACGCCCGGAGAAAAAGUCCAAACCUGUCGUGACGUUCAACCUGGAGCAGACGGAGAAGACCGAGUCCAAGUCCAAGUCCAAGUCCAGCAGAAAGGGACCAGAAGCUUUAAAGACCAAGUCUGUUCUGAAGACCUCCACCGAAGAGAGACCCACCAAGAACCUCCAGAGAGAAGAAAAGACCAAACCUGCCAGAGCCGCCAGAGACGUGGACGUGGAGAAGAUGGCCAGAAACAACCAGCUGUCGCGGGUCAGCUCGGUGAAGAUGCUCCAGUGGCUUCGUGCUCGAGGUUUGAACGUUCAGAAACUGCCCAAAGAUCAGCUCAUGCUCAAAGUGAUGGGCUGUUUAGCCGAGAUCUGAAGACCAGGACGAGGACCAGGACCAGGACCGGGUCUGGACCAGGUCUGGAGCGGG